AUGGCACAAGUAGCAAGUCCACUAUCACUUUCACCGGUCCCAUCUGCAAGGGGAGCUCCUAGACCAUGGGCACAGUCCCACGCAUCAGGUAGUCAAACUGGAAAGAAUUUCGAUGUUAUACAUUCGUACAAGAGGGCUAUAGAGGAUGACAAGGUUCCUCACCCUAUAGCAGCUAUCUUAGCUUUGGUAGAAUUGAUAGAAGCUUCGACUGCCUCGACUGUUACUGGACUCGCCUCAGAACUUACGAUAGGACGACAAGCUUUAAUUAACACUCAACCCAGUUUAGGUGUCAGAGCGGGAUGUCAAUUAUGGGAGAGAUUUUUCGCUUUAUCAAUGGGUGGAGAGGACUUCCCAUCAUAUAAGCGAUCAUUAAUUUCUCAAGGCCGUUCAUUCUGCGCUAUAACGGCUCCUCAAUGUAGAGAGAAAAUAGCGGAUUUGGCUGUUGGCUUCUUGCGAGAUGAUUGUGUGAUCCUCACGCACAGUUAUUCGAGGACGGUUAUCCAGACUAUCUUGAGAGCUCAUAAGCAGCAUAAGCGUAUAAAAGUCUAUGUGACUGAGGCAAGACCAGCUUGUUUAGGUAUGCGAACACAUCAGGUCUUGACUGCCAAUGGGAUCCCAUGUACGGUCGUACUUGACAGUGCGGUAGCGUACGUGAUGGAGAGAGUGGAUAUGGUGUUGGUCGGAUCAGAAGCUGUCGUGGAGAGUGGGGGCCUCGUAUCCUCCGUGGGGACAUACCAAGUCGCCCUCGUAGCCAAAGCGAUGCAAAAACCAUUCUACGCCUUAGCCGAAUCAUACAAAUUCCUAAGACAUUAUCCCUUAUCUCAAACAGAUUUACCUAUCCCUUCAACAUCAACUACCACCGCGAUCUCUCCAAAUGAGAAACACACAAGUAAUAUACCUUUGGAGUUCCCUACGCUGAUACCUAAUUCGCACCCUCCUGCUAUCGGAGCUCAUAAUCCCCUCAGUCGACCUACAUCAGCUACUCCCCAAUCUAGAAGUCCCGUUGUCCCAGGUACACCCACUGAGGGAUCAGGAGCAAAUAGAGUAGAAAUGACAAAAGAGAUGGAAUCGAUUAAUCCAAUGGUAGAUGUGACUACGCCUGAUUUGAUUGAUUUUAUCAUCACCGAUUUGGGGGCACCAUUGAGUCCUACUUCCGUUAGUCAGUAUUUGGUAGCUCAAUUUUCGUCGUAA